UUAAGAGCUCUGCCCACAGCCACCAUGGCCAGAGGAGCGCGCUGGACCUCUGUGGGUCAAGAGUGCUAAACCGGGCUGUGCUGGAUUUUAUUGGGCAUCAGAGUUGAACUGGAUUGUAGUGCUGGACUUUGCUCGCGCGCGGGUAUUCGUCUCCACCGAGAGCGCGCAGGUUGCCGUCGCUGACUGAAACACCCCGCAGCGCUGUGAGCUGGAACUUGUCGCUCUCCAAAUGACCUGGCACUACACGGAUCUCUUCUCUCACCCGCUGUGGUUCGUCUGCACCAUGGUUCUGGGCUUGGUGACGCGCGCGCAGCGGAGAGGCCGCUGGCUCCCGCGCGCGUGUCCACUUAAACUCACGGGCAAAACAGCGAUCGUGACCGGAGCGAACACAGGGAUAGGAAAGUUCAUUGCCUUGGACUUUGCACGACGUGGGGCGCGGGUCAUUCUGGCCUGCAGAAGUGAGGCUCGUGGGACAGCGGCGCUGGAGGACAUUCGCCAGCAGAGCGGCAACCAAAACGUUCACCUGCGGCUGAUUGAUACAUCCUCCCUCGAAUCCGUCCGCAAAUUCGCAGCUCAAAUCCUAGAGGAGGAGAAGGAGCUCCACAUACUCGUCAAUAACGCUGGGGCUUCAGGCCUGCCCAGGGGAGUCACCGCAGAUGGACUGGAAGUGUCCUUUGCCACCAAUCAUGUUGGGCCUUUCCUGCUCACUAAUCUACUUCUAGACCUCCUGAAAAAAUCUGCUCCGGCCCGCAUUGUGAACGUUUCCUCUGUAAACCACUGGAGAGGAAAAGUGGACUUCUCUCAUUUCCAUGGCGAUAACUUGACCUAUAGGCUGGACAGUGUAUACAAUCACACCAAGCUCCACAAUAUCAUCUGGACCAAUGAGCUGGCGCGCAGGCUGCAGGGAACAGGUGUGACAGCAAACUCUCUGCACCCAGGUAUAGUUAUGACAGAAGUUAUGAGACACUAUAACUGGCUGGUUCGAUCGAUCUUCAACACGAUCGGAAUUUUCUUCUUCAAGUCCUCUGAGGAAGGUGCGGUCAGUGCGAUAUACUGUGCAGUAGCAGAAGAGACGGAGGGGAUCACGGGGAAAUAUUUCGACAGUGACUGCUCCCUCGUCCUCCCGGCUCCACUGGCCAGAGACCCUGCUUUAGCAACCAAAGCCUUCGAGUACUGUGAGAGGCUGACAGCGAAGCUUUAAUCCACUGGAGUACCAGCACACCUGCUAGUCUAUCACCAUAGCACAGUACAGCACCUGUAACUGCCAAGAAAGAUUAGAAGUUCUAGUGGAUUUCAGGAAAGAUUAUAAAGACUUAGUGUUUGUGUGAUUUGUUAAAUUUAUUGUUUUUAAUACAAGAAACAUGAUAAACUGCAAAUACAUUACAUGCAAACAUGAAUACAAAUGCUGUUUAAUAAUAUUUGUGUGUCUUGAGGAAAUAAAUUCUUCAUAUAUUACUUUG